AUGGCUCGAAGGAGUCGAAAUCAAAGGUCAGGACCUAAGCGCCUUCAACAAAAGGCGGACAGCCACGACCUCGAGCCGGUGUCCCAACAUCUGCAACAGGAGGCAAGCAAGAGUGGGGUUCGCUCUGAUGAUGCGGUAGUCGCACCCCAUCUCCCAAAAGAGUUGAAGUGGGAAAUUAUUAGCUUUGCCAUUGAACAGGCCAAGGCUUCCGCUAAGCCAGCUGCCUGGACAUUGGAAUCAACAUGUCGCGAGUAUAUGGGCGACCCGCGUACACAACUCUUGAUCGACACUUGGUCGAACCAGGAGGCAAGGAAAGUGGCGAAAGAUCGUUUCAGACAUUUUUUUAACCUCCUUCAUAUCAACUCUUACUGUCGCCAGCUUGCGGAAAAGGCUCUUCGUCCUUUCAAGUUCCCGUGCCAAGGCACGCCAAACCCGUUUACCUGGGUGUUGCCGCGUGUCGACACCUUCUUCUUACCCCCGGGACUCUAUACGGAUGCGGUUUGGACUAUGCUUUACGCACCGAGCGCCGAGUGUUCGAAGCUCUGGGCCAAAGUCGAGAACGUCGCGUUUUCUGUGGAAAUCCCCUCUGAAUCGAUGAAUAUACAUGCCCCUCAGUUCCACGCGCUGGCCCAGUUACCGAAUUUAAAGACGCUAGAACUGGAUUAUGCGUCUCUAAAAUUUGAAAUCGAAGUAGGGGAUGAAGAAAUCAAAAACGAGCCGAACUAUGUCCAACUUGACUACAAGAAUGGAGCUUAUUGGGGAAUCUUUUGCAGACCUCGAACAAUGGACUUCUUCAACGAUCUGAAAGAAAGGAAUGUACGGGUAACAGUAAGUGUCAAAAGCCAACAAUGUCUCCUUCAGAGUCAUGCGGCAGUCAUCAAGAAGGAAAAAGGAGAGACGUCACGGCAGUGCAAGCAAGACUGA